AUGAUCGUCGAAGUUCCAAGUCUUCAAGAGAGUGCUGUGGUAGUGCUCCCAUUCCACUUGCGUGUUGUCCGCCUCCUCCACCCCCAAAACCCUGUUGCCAACCAGCAUAUGGUCCUUGCUGCCCAGCCGUCCCUAAUUGCUGCCCUAAACCAUGCUGCAGAGUUUGAAGAAGAAGAGCAUGAAGGCGGAGCCUCUCAACCGCCACCACCUGAACCGCCUCGAACAUGCUGUCCUCCACCAGCUCCACCUCCACCCCCGCCUCCACCUCCUCCACCACCACCACCACCAGAGCCUCCAGUACAAUGCUGCGGUGGUGGAAAUCAAAACAGAAGCCCCUGCCAAAUGGCGUGUCCUGGAGGAGAUUGUGGGUGUAGACGACCUUGCUGCUACUAUCAGAAUCCUUCUUGUUGCAACAAAGGAAAACCAUGCUGUCCUCCUCAACCUCCGCCCCUUCCGUGUUGUCUUGCCCUACCUGUAGCCAACUGCAUCGCACAAGUGCCGCCUUGCUUGAGGUUUGCAGCUGACCAAAGGCACUGCGGACACAGCUAA